AAUAGUGUUAUUUCUGUAAAUUAAUUUUUAUUAGCUUGCACCAUAUCCUUCUCCUUGGUAUGCCUUAUUUGUGGAUAAUUGUUUUCCCAUUUGUUCAGCUCUUUCCUAGACAGGAGCCUGUUCUGAAUUCCUCAAAGUGUACUGCUGCUGAUACUGAUCAAAAGCUACGUGUUUGUGAUAUUUGUGGAGCAUUUUUGAGUGUUUAUGACAGUGGCCCAUGUUUACCUGAUCAUUUUGGAGGCAAACUUCAUUUAGGCUAUAUGCAAAUCUGUGAUAAAUUAGCAAAACUUCUGGAAGAGAGAAGCAAGAGUCGCAAACUUGACCGGUAUGAUGACAAGAGAUCGAAAGAAAGAAGCAGAGAUCAUGAGAGAGAAUCAAGUUGGGACUCAGACCGAGGGAAUAGCCGUGACCAAGCCAGGGAUUAUGAUCCUAGGAGCAGAGAUCAUGACAGGUAUAGUGAUCGAGAUCGUAAUAAGGAUUAUGAGCGCUCUCGAACUUAUGAUUCAUUGAUUCUCGAAGUCACUGCAGGUCAUGUUCAAGGUCUAGGGAACACUCUAGGGAUCAUGAUUGCCACAGGCGUGACCGAUACUAGAUGCAUGAAUGCUGCCCAAGAAGAAAAUGAAUACGAAACCGUUCUUGCUUAUGUAAGCCAACUUAUAUAGGGGAGUAGCAUUCCUCAGUUAUGUUAUUUGAUAGUUUGUCAUGUGGUUGUAUCAACAUGUUUAAGAGGGUGUUUGCUGUUUUUGGUUCCUAGAGACUAGGAAUUGAAUUCUAAACUUGUGGUUAAGAGCAUAAGUAAUUCUAUUACUAAACCAGAGGGUGUUUG